ACGAGCCAGAAGAGCUAGUAGCAUGGCGUCCACGGCAGCGCCGCUGGCCCUGUUCCUGCUCGCGGCAUCGGCGAUGGGCGGCGGCGGCGGCGCCCAGGCGCAGCCGCUCGUGCCGGCGGUCAUCUCCUUCGGCGACUCGACCGUCGACGUCGGCAACAACAACUACCUCCCCCGCGCGGUGUUCAAGGCCGACUACGCGCCGUACGGGCAGAGCUUCGCGCGCCACCAGCCCACCGGCCGGUUCUCCGACGGCAAGAUCGUCACCGACAUCACCGCUGACACGCUGGGUUUCGAGAGCUACGCGCCGCCGUACCUCAGCCCGCAGGCGUCGGGGAAGAACCUGCUCAUCGGCGCCAACUUCGCCUCGGCGGCGUCCAGCUACCACGACGACACGGCGGCCAUGUAUGACGCGAUCACGCUGACCCAGCAGCUCGAGUACUACAAGGAGUACCAGUCCAAGCUGGCUGCGGUGGCCGGGCGCGCCACGGCGCGCUCCAUCCUCACAGGCGCGCUGUACGUCGUCAGCACGGGCACCGGCGACUUCCUCCAGAACUACUACCACAACGCCUCCCUGUCCCGCCGCUACGACGUCGGCCGGUACUGCGACCUCCUCGUCAGCAUCUUCUCCGGCUUCGCCGAGAAGUUGUAUAAGCUGGGGGCGCGGCGGAUUGGCGUCACGUCCAUGCCGCCGCUGGGGUGCUUCCCGGCGUCCAUCAGGCUGUACGGCGAGGGCCGCGGCGCGUGCGUGGCCAGGCUCAACCGCGACGCCGAGACCUUCAACGGGAAGCUGAACGCCACCGUCGAGGCGCUCAAGGGGCGGCACGCUGACCUCAAGAUCGCCGUCUUCGACAUCUACACGCCCCUCCGGAAGCUUGCCGAAGCGCCGGUGGAGCAAGGCUUCGCCGACGCGAGGGGGACGUGCUGCCGGACGGGGACGGCGAAGACGAGGGUGUACCUCUGCAACCCGACGACGGCCGGCACGUGCCGGAACGCCAGCAGCUACGUCUUCUUCGACGGCGUCCACCCGUCGGAGGCGGCCAACGUCUUCAUGGCGGAGUCCAUGGUCGAAGCCGGCAUCGAGCUGGUCACCUAGUAAUGGCGUGAAUAAACUAGAGCACUACACAGCAGCUGCAGGUGCUGCAGCGACAAGGCAGUAGGCCAUAACCAUGCAUGCAUGUGUUGCUGCUUAUCGGUUUCCUGUUCCGUCCGAGAAAACUACAGUAUACUGUUAAAUAGCCUGUGCGGUUGCACGGCCGGUCCGACCACUUUAGUAAUAUUGUUAUACAACGUGUUUUCCUAUAUAUAAAUUUGUAUAUGUGUUAUAAAAAAGUAUUGAGGCGUGGCCUCGUGAUCAUGAUUGUACUCCCUCCAUUUUCCUUUUCUAUAUAAAAUACCUAUUCCAUUUCGUUAGGAUGAUGAUUUAACUAAUAAUUACUCAAUUAGUAUUUCAUUAAUGCAACACGAAACCAUAAUCACAAAGGAUUGUCCUAACGAAACAAAAUAAGCAUUUGUAAUUUCAAAUGGAGGGAGUAGCUCACAAAUGCAGGAGCUCUAUCUUCCUAGCAAUGUUAUGGGGGCAUUAAUACUUAUAUAUUAUAUGACCAUGACAUUUUAGGUAUGCAAGAAACUAACAGCAAAUAGACUGAAACUUCUCAUCCAAUAGCAUACUAUAUUUACUAAUAACAUAUGUAUUUUCGUUUGCUUGCACUUUGAAGUUGAGUUUGUAUAAGAGCCAAACAACACCAGCAGCCAACGACAAACU